UUCCACUUCCAAUCCAUUAUCGUGUCGGAAUAACAAGUCACCCAUUUUAAUUUAUUUCCCUCCCCUACCCAACACACAAAAAAAGAUCAUAUAUACUUCGUACUCCACUCCUAUGAGACAUUCCGGCCGCCGGCCGUCCAAAAAAGAGUAACUAAUAAAUGGCCGGAAUGGACCGAUUCUACUACGGCGUGAGCAACACAUUGAUCGGCGUCCUGAACCUGAUCACUCUCGUGGCAUCGAUCCCGAUCAUCGGGGCCGGGCUAUGGAUGGCGAGGAGCAGCACCACCUGCGAGAAGUUCCUGCAGACCCCGCUCCUCGCCAUCGGGUUCAUCAUUCUCACCGUCUCGCUCGCGGGCUUCAUCGGCGCGUGCUUCCGCCUGACGUGGGUGCUCUGGCUCUACCUCCUUGUCAUGCUCUUCCUCAUCGCCGCCCUCAUGGGCGUGACCAUCUUCGGGUUCGUGGUCACGAGCCGUGGCGGAGGUGUGGCGGUUCCCGGGAAGGUGUACAAGGAGUACCGGCUGCCGAAUUACUCCGGGUGGCUGAGGAUGAAGGUUUCGGAUCCUCGAAAUUGGAUGCCCAUUAGGGGUUGCAUAUGGGGUUCAAACACUUGUGCCUCUAUUCUCAAUUGGACUCCUUCUGACUAUCAAACCAAUGAUAUGUCACCCCUUCGGUCAGGGUGUUGCAAGCCGCCAACGUCAUGCAACUACGGAGCGGCGUUGGAUACGCAGGACUCGGACUGCAAGCGGUGGAACAACGACCCGUCCUUUCUGUGCUACGACUGCGACUCCUGCAAAGCGGCGGUGCUGGAGGACAUGCGCAGAGAGUGGCAGAAGAUAUCUAUGCUCAACAUCAUCAUGGUCGUUGUCCUCAUCGUCGUCUACUCCGUCGGCUGUUGUGCUUUCGAGAAUGCCAAGAUCGCCGAUUCUGUCCAGCGUUAUAACGCCCCCAACCAUCCCAUCUACAUCAAGCCUCGCUCCAGAUGGCCUGAUUUCUAUGGGAAAUUCCCUAUGUUCGGCGGUGGAGCCAGACUACCAGCGUAAGAAUUUGACAUAUCACAUUUGACCAUUCUUGAAAUCAUCACAUUUUUGAAGACACAACUUUUAUACCAAAAAUCCAAAAAUGAAAUAACAAGCAAAGAUGGGAGGUUAUAAUAAUAUAAUAUCCUAUAUUAUACUCCGUAUAUCGGUAUAUAUGAAGUGCAUGGAGGGUACUAAACUACUAAAGUUCAUAAUCAGAUAAGCUUAUCUAUCCUAUAGAUUAUGUAAAGAAAAGUUUAUUCGAUAAAUUAAAUAACUACACAUGAGCUAUUAGCUAUAUAUAUAUAUUAGUACAUGCAUAUAUACUAAUCCCAUAUUCCCAAGAGGGAUAUUUUCAUGUGAAUAUGUUGUUAACAGUGGUAUGCAUGGUGUAAUUAUACAGGUGGAGAAAGAUGCGCGACUGGAUAUUCUAGAUAAUUAAUCAAUAAUAAUAGAAAAUUUAAUUGUUACUCAAUUUUGCGAUUUAGUCGCUACUUCUCGAUCGGCUCGUGUUGAUUUUGUGAAUCCAUAAGUACGUUGAGCCAAUAAAUCGUAGAGUGGAUAUAUAUGUGUGUUGUUUCAUGAUGUGGCCAAUCAUUAUUAAUAGUUGGAUGCAGUUGCCUUCGAUCAGUUUUUCUCCGCAAUUUUUAGCGAUUUCAGUAUUCUCAUUGUUUUUUUA